AUGGUAUAUUUGGGCAGUUUUGAUUUCAAUAGGUUGAGUGACUUUGUUUUCAAAGAACCAAGGAAAAAGGUAUACAUCUGCCCGGAGGAGACUUGCGUCCACCACGACGCGGCUAGGGCGCUCGGCGAUCUCACUGGAAUAAAGAAACAUUUUAGCAGAAAACAUGGAGAGAAGAAAUGGAAGUGUGAGAAAUGUUCCAAGAAAUAUGCAGUUCAAUCUGAUUGGAAAGCUCAUGCCAAAACUUGUGGUACUAGAGAAUAUAAGUGUGACUGUGGUACCCUCUUCUCUAGGAAGGAUAGUUUUAUUACACAUAGAGCUUUCUGUGAUGCUUUAGCAGAAGAGAGUGCAAGACAUACCUCACCACUCACUCCAACAACUCUAAAUUUCAAUAAUGAAGAGUCAAAUUUGAUGAACACACAAACUAGUUUGUCACAUGGAUUCAUAUCACGUCAAAAUCUAGCUGGUUUUCCACAUGAAGGGUUUCAUGAUCAGCAAAAGCCAAGUUUAUCACUAUGGUUAAACCAUGAAAAUCAACAGAAUAUUAAUCAUCAACCAUAUAAUUCAGUUGAUAAUGUUUCAUCUGUUUUUUGUGAUAUCAUGCAAAUGGCACAAACUAGUACUACUCCAAUGUCAGCUACUGCACUUCUUCAGAAAGCAGCUCAAAUAGGUUCAACAAGAAGCAGUACUACUAAUAAUAAUCCAUCUAUUUUCAGUGGAAGACAACUUGACGAGACAAGCUAUGCGAAUUUGCAAUGA